CGUGAGGACACAAAGUGAGGGGAAUGACGCAGCAUUGUGACGUGGCGUUAGGUUACAGAUGACCUUCUGACGAUUCGUCAGAAAGAGAAUCAUCUGCUUCCAGACCGCAGUUGAUGGCAGCGGGCAAUCAAUUGAAACUGCAGCAGCGAAACCACAGACAAGGGGGACUCCCGUAGUCUCCCCUUCUACCGUUUCUCAGUUAUUCACAAGCUGCUUCUAAUGUUUCCACAAGGAAAACUCCUUGUCUUUUUCAAGAUACCUAAGGCUCCUGAAACUGUAGGAGCCCAUGUUGGUCAGCAAACAAAUGCUGUUUGGGCCAGCAGUACUGUCACACAAAUAAAAGCAAUAAAUAUAUAUUCAUGGACAACGACAUGCCAGGCCCAACUUCAAACCUCCAGCUGGUGUUCAAGUUUACUACUUAAGUAUCAAGUUAAAAAUAAUGGCUGAUGCCCAGAAUGUUAAAGAUGGACAACACUGCAACUACUGUGCCCACCCCCACUGUAGAGCUGAGGAAACUGAGGCCCAGAAACUCUGCCUAAGCGUAUACAGUCAAGGACAGUGCAGCCUGGGGCCUGAUACCCAACCAGCUCUGGCUUUCUCCCCAUCAUACAGAGACUGAGAUGGACUCUACUUUAGAUCCUAAGGAAGAAAAUCUUUCAGCCACAGCUCUCAGCUGACCUCCAACUGUACCAGCCACUGCAGCAGUGAGGCCCUCCUUCCUCAUGACCAGUGUCUCCCCUGGUCUCCCCCUAUGACACUCAUGGGCUUUCAGGCACAAAGGAUUCUCCCAUCCAAGCUAGUGUAGUGACCUUGAUUAUCUGUCAAAACCCCCAACCAAAGGUAUAACCCUGUGGUCCCCCAACCCUGCACUACCCCUACACAUACUCCAUGGAUGGGUCUCUGCCACUGUGAUACCCCCCCAAAAUCUCUCCCUUUAUCCUUCCCCUUUCAGGGGUCAUGCCCCCAUGAACCCUAAAGCUUUGCCCCCUCCACAGGAUGGCAGAAGGUCCACAUUCCAACUCCACCUUCCCACGCCCAACCUUCUUCAUGCUGACUGGCAUUCCAGGGCUAGGGCCUGCCCAGGCUUGGCUGACACUGGUCUUCGGGCCCAUGUAUCUGUUGGCCCUGCUGGGCAAUGGAGCACUGCUGACAUUGGUGCAGAUAGAUUCCACACUGCAGCAGCCCAUGUUUCUACUCCUGGCCGCACUGGCAGCCACAGACCUGGGCUUAGCUACAUCUAUAGCCCCAGGGUUGCUUGCUGUGCUGUGGCUUGGGCCCCGGCCUGUGCCAUACAGUGCCUGCCUGGUCCAGAUGUUCUUUGUUCAUGCACUGACUGCUGUAGAAUCUGGUGUACUGCUGGCCAUGGCCUGUGAUCGUGCCGUGGCAGUAGGGCGUCCACUGCACUAUCCUCUCCUAGUCACCAAAGCCCGUGUAGGCUAUGUAGUCCUGGCACUGGCACUGAAAGCUGUGGCUAUUGUUGUGCCUUUCCCUCUGCUGGUGGCGAAAUUUGAGCACUUCCAGGCCAAGACCAUAGACCAUGCCUACUGUGCACACAUGGCGGUGGUAGAACUGGUGGUGGGCAACACACGGGCCAACAAUUUGUAUGGGCUGGCGCUUUCGCUGGCUGUGUCUGGUAUAGAUAUCCUGGGCAUCACUGGCUCUUAUGGGCUCAUUGCUCAUGCUGUGCUGCGGCUGCCUACCCAGGAGGCCCGUGCUAAGGCCUUUGGCACAUGUAGUUCCCACAUAUGUGUCAUUCUGGCCUUCUAUGUACCUGGUCUCUUCUCCUACCUCACACAUCGCUUUGGUCGUCACACUGUCCCAAAGCCCGUACACAUCCUUCUCUCUAAUAUCUAUUUGCUGCUGCCACCUGCCCUCAACCCACUCAUCUAUGGGGUCCGCACCAAGCAAAUCAGGGACCGACUCCUAGAAAUCUUCACAUUCAGAAAAAGCCAGUUCUAAUGGGCAAAAAAAAAAAAACAACAAAAAACAAUGGAGCCUGGUGAUGGAGGUGAAGGAAUAUUCAGAAGAGUCCAGGGCCUGGAGGUGUGGAUUAUGUCUUCUUUGUCCCACUGUCUACAUAUGACUGUGAUAAUCAAUAAAUUAUUUGCUGUGAAGCCUCUACAACACA